UCUUCUCGGUUCAAUUGCUUGACGAGACCAGGGGUGUGGAGAGGAGUGACAGGCUUGGGUUCCGCCCGUCCUGGGGUUAUCCUAAGCAGGUCCAAGUUAAGCUAUGGGCUGUCUAAACUCACAAAGGUCAAAGAAAGCCCAGGGGUGGUGGUGGGGUUGGUUGGAACAAGGGUUGAUGAGCAUCCCGCUAGGCUCCCGAAAAGAAAGCAGAGAGGAGAGAGGCUCAUUGAGAAGGCUUGCCCUGUUUUUGUGGAGAUGGGGCUCUGGGAUGAA